AUGUCGCCGCCGCCGCCGCCCCCCCCUCCGCCGGGGGCCCCCUUCCGCUUCUCCCCCGCCCGCCGACGCCUCCCGGCAGCCCACCCCUUCUUCGAGGAGGGCGACGUGCGGCGGCACCUCCACCUCAGGGGCCUCCUGAGCGGCGCGGCCGAGGAGGAGGAGGAGGAAGAGGAAGAGGAGGGCGGCGGCCCGGCCGACUCCCUCUGCUGCCCGUGCGCGGGGUGCGGCCAGGCCUUCCGCACCCUGGAGAGCUACGAGCACCACUACGACCUGCUGCACAGGAACGUCUGCGCCGCCUGCAAGAGGUCCUUCCCCUCCGCCCACCUGCUGGACCUCCACCUCCUGGAGUGGCACGACUCCCUCUUCCAGGUCAUGGCGGAGAAGCAGGACAUGUACCAAUGUCUGGUGGAGAGCUGCACGGAGAAGUUCAAGAGCAGGAAGGACCGGAAGGACCAUUUGAUCAAAAUACACCAGUAUCCCUCUGACUUCAGGUUUGAUAAACCUAUGAAACCAAAAAGCUCAAAAACGAUGAAGCCUCCGUCUAGAGAUCCCGCUGUGCCAAUGGAUGUCAACGUUGAAGGCUGCGAACCGUCACCAGGGGAUGCCAUGGAGGUUGGCCCUAGUGAGACCGCAGUGGAUCAGGCCCUCCAGCCCAGGGUGGGGGGCACGUGGGUCCUGCCAGCGCCUGAGACACGGCUGUCGAGAACCAGAAUCCCACCCAGCAUUUGUUUCGGGCAAGGAGCCGCCCGUGGCUUCAAAAGCAGGAAGAAAAGAGCCUGA